AUGGUCUCGUCGCCGAACGCGAAGCGUCCCGCGAAAUCCGGGAAUGCGCGCCCGUCAAAGCAGUUGCCCCUGGCACCAUCUCAAAGAGCCCGGCCGAGUAGGCCUCCCUUCCAGUCUGCUCCGGUGCAGGCCGCUCCACCGCGAACCAGGUCGAUAAACCCAAAGGGCCUGACGGUAUGCGCAAUCGCCGCAUUCUGCUUUUCUACAUAUGGAACCUACCUGUACGUAACCUACGACAGAACAGUAAAACAGUCCAAAAACCUUUCCGUGCCGGACGACGUAUCGGACAGAUUCCACAAAACCGCUCCAACCUACGACGCAAAUGUGGAAUUGACCGAGCGAAUCAUGCGCAUCAGCAAGAAAAGGGAGGAGCUGGUCAAGAGAGCGCGUGGAAACGUGUUAGAAGUUGCCUGCGGCACGGGGCGGAAUAUGCAAUAUUACUCCCUGGGCGAGCGACGCGGAACGGAUAAGAACGGCAAAGCCGAGAUCCAGGGAUGUAGAUCUGUCACAUUCGUUGACCAAAGCCCCCAAAUGGUGGAGAUCGCUAGAGAGAAGUUUGAAAAGAUGUAUCCGCAUUUCAGGCGGGCUGCAUUCUGGGCGCAGGAUGCUAUGGCUCCUAUCCCACCCCUGGAACAUACAACCGUGAUGCAAGGCUCAUCGCAAAGCAGUGGUAGUAGUAGUAGCCUUGGUAACAGCAAUAACAAUAAGGGCAAUGGCAACGGGAGCAAAAGCCUGCCGACGAGCGCCGAACAACAACAAUCUUGCACGUUCGACACCGUCAUCCAAACAAUGGGUCUCUGCUCCCUCCCCGACCCCGUGUCUUACCUCAAACACCUUGGGACGCUAGUCGAGCCUGAGCGCGGGGAGAUUCUCUUGUUAGAGCACGGGCGCUCACACUACCGCUGGCUCAACAAGCUCCUGGACGAUCUCGCUGCCGCCCACGCAGACCGACAUGGGUGCUGGUGGAAUCGCGAUAUAGGGGAGAUCGUGCGGCAGAGCGGGUUGGAGAUCGUAGAGUCGAAGCGGUGGCAUAUGGGUACGACGUGGAGGUUUAUUUUGCGGCGGAAGGAGGGGGCUGGGCGGGGAGAGAAGGACUCGGGCUUGGCGGAAGUAUCAGAGAGGGAGGAGAAUGGCGAUGGGACUGCCAAAUCUGUAAUGGGAUGGCUCGGCUGGGGAGCGAAGAAGUCAUGA